AGAUGAUUGUGAAACAUAAACAGGAAGCGGCUAGGCCUGAGGACAGCCAUUACUGUGUCGUGGCUCUGUAACAAAACACGAAGGUAUAGAGGAAGAAGCGAAUUGCGGACUCUCAUUUCACCAGAAGGCCGAUUUUCAUGAUUUUAAGAGAAAACAUAUUUAGUCAAUUGAUAUACACUUAGAUAGCUAACGGGAUUCACCAGCUCCGGAUAUGUCCUUCAUAUUUGAUUGGAUUUAUAGUGGUUUCAGUAGCGUACUGCAGUUUCUAGGACUGUACAAGAAAUCGGGCAAGUUAGUAUUUCUUGGACUGGACAAUGCUGGCAAGACAACGCUACUGCACAUGCUCAAAGAUGACAGAUUGGGACAGCAUGUGCCAACUUUACAUCCAACCUCGGAAGAGCUGACGAUUGCUGGCAUGACCUUCACCACCUUUGACCUUGGAGGCCAUGCACAAGCUCGCAGAGUGUGGAAAAACUACCUCCCCGCCAUCAACGGCAUCGUCUUCCUUGUGGAUUGCUUGGACAUCCCGAGAUUGGCCGAGUCCAAAACAGAACUUGAUGCACUAAUGACAGAUGAGACCAUUGGAAACGUGCCGAUCCUGGUCCUUGGCAACAAGAUUGACAGACACGAAGCCAUCAGCGAGGAGAAACUGCGUGAGCUGUUUGGAUUGUAUGGACAGACAACGGGCAAGGGCAACAUUCCCAUGAAGGAGUUGAACACGAGACCACUGGAGUUGUUCAUGUGCAGCGUGCUGAAGAGGCAGGGCUACGGGGAGGGCUUCCGCUGGCUCUCCCAGUACAUCGACUAGAACCCCGGCAGGAGGAGGCGCGACAGGGAGACUCCCCACUUCUACCACCACCGCCACCACACUCAGUCCCAUGUUUGGUUUAUAAAGUCUGCCUCCACUAUCAGAAAAAAACAGUACAACUUGAACCCAAUAGACUUUUAUUGGUCUCCAGAACAUUUUUUGUGUGGCUUUUUUUUCUUCCUUUACUCUCUUUUUCUAAGAAUUAACAUAGCAUUGAUUCUGCAGAACCGUUGAAAAAAAAUUCUAACUGAUGAAUCUUUUCUAUUUUGUUUCAAUCUUUUCACCUCCCCCAUGACAUCUGUUGGUGUGGUAAAUGCAUUCUAACUCUAAAUCUGUAAAUUAAUCUAAUGGUAUAGGCCCACCGUACCCUUCCGACACAUUUUGAGCAGUGAGACAGAGCUGAGUAGUUGUACACGUCGCAAUACAUAUUUUUUUAAACUUGAAAGAAAACAUGCAGAUGUGACUCGUGUUUAAAUCAUGUUUCAUUCAUUUUUGUUUCUUCAUCCUAUAUAUAUUUUUUUACAUUAUUUCAGUAAACAUAGAAAGAAAUGUAGACCGCAGUACUCGCCCUUCUGUGGCUCUGUCAUACUCUUAUAAUGCAGAGCCCUGCAUUGAUCUACGUUAAUGUAUUGGGGGAAAAGUUAAAUUCCUUAAGAUGUCACUUAAUGGUAUUUCAAGAUCACAUUUCAUCAACACUGCAAUGACUAUUCCCAGGCUCCAAGACAUGAGUGUAGGUAGGCCAACGGGUUGUAGGCAGCAUGGACCUCUCGUAUGGUGUGAGAAGAAGGUAGAAAGGACCAGGGACCACAAUGGGAAGGUACAUUUUAAUUCAGAAGAAGGAAAAGGAAAGUAACUAUUGGCUAUAUAACCAUCUCUUUGAGUCUGAGGUUCGAAGUUGAAAUUCUUAGCUAGCAGACAAGAUCAGAAAGAUAUUUAACUGUGAAUUAAAUGAUUGAAAAUAACAUGCAGUAAAAAGUGGUUGGUUUCAUGUAACAUCUAGUAGUUGUCAAUGUUAUAAAGCCAUUUUACUGAUGAGUUCCCUGAGCAGACACGAACAGGAUGAAUAUAUUGACCAAGUAAGAUAUGAGGAGUAGUCCAUGAGUGGGAAUGGAUAGGCAUAUGAAAACCUAUAAGAAAGAAUGUACAUGCCCACCAUAGAUUUUUUUUUUUUAUAAGCGGUUUCCUUGAUCAAUGUGCUUUAUAAAAAAAAAAACUAUUAUGCAUGCCUUGUUCUUUGAUUUUGAAUGACCAUCUACAGAAGUACAACACGAGGGAGGAAAUGCCAAAUUACAAUGUUAAGAAUUGAGUGCUUAUCUCAAAACGUGUUUUUUUUCUUUCAGAACCAUAAUUGAAUGGCGCAUAAUACUUUUUUUUGUUCUGUCCCUUUGCGUCUCUUUAAUCUCUCGUAUUCCAUGAGCUGUUCCGGUAAGAGAGAGACUGUUUGCAUCAUAAAUUGUAAUAAAUGUUUGCAAUGAAUAACAGGUUAA